AUGUCAAAUAAAUCAUUGACUUAGUUGCAACAAGAAUUUAAGGAUUAAAAAUAUGAGCAAGCUUUGAAGCUUUCAAAGCAGAUUAUAGAAAACGAGCCCUAGAACAGACCAACAGCUAUUAUAUUUGAGAUUAAUUCACUUAUCAAGCUUUCUGACUACAAAUCUGCUCUUACUUCAGCUGUGAGUUCUGAAUAGAUACUUAUUAAAGAAGCUGCUGAUGACAAAUUUACCUUCUAACUUUACAAUGCAGCGAUAGAAGCUAGCAACUUAGCUCUGGAAAUUGGAAACCAAAAGGACAAGAAAGAAGCUCUGGAGCAUAAAAUUUAGUACACUAAAAAAUUGUUGAACUUUUUAGAAAGGAAAGAAAGAUAUGAUAAAUUUUAAGAGAAGCUCUAAGAGCUAGUGAAUAUAUUGACUCCUGAGGAUAGAUACUCUGAAAUCGAAUAGAUUUAUGUCUAGGUUCUUGAAAACCCAAAGUUUUCAGAUGAAUUUAGACAUUAAUGUGGGAUUGGAGUAUUCACUAUGUCUUAGUUCCAUAAGCCAAAGCUAGUUCUCACAAUUGAUCUAUUUAAUAAAAUCAAGACUUUAAAUCCUGAAAGCCCAGGCAAUUAGGUUUUGAGCCAAUAGCUAUUAAAAGAUUUUGAUAAGUAAAUAGAUUUAGACACAAAAAAGCAGGGAUUCAGUCCCAAAGAUUUUCUCAAGACUUGUAAAGAUUUCAAUGAACUUGCUUCAGCAAUAUUUAUGAAUAUGAACUUGAGUGAUGAUUCUGUGACUCAAAAUUUGUUGGCUAAAUAACUCUCUCUAUUUUACAAGUUUGUAAUGAUUAGCAUCAACUUAUAUAAUGUAUGCUCUCCUGAUUACUAGAAGUUGAUUGAGAAACUUAGAGAGCUUUCCUAAAGUUCAGCAUUUACCUUCUAUUAUGAAUCUCAAGAAGAUACUUCACUCAAAUUACCUUCUUUGAUUCAAGGCCUUUUGUAACUUGACGAUAACCUUAACUCCCUAUAUUUGAAAAAUGCCAAUUUUGACAACAAAUCUGAAGAAUGGCAGUUAAAAGAGCUUAGUAAUCUUAGGAAGAUAGUUGACUAGAAUUUCUCUCCGAUCGGUGAACUCAUGAUUACAAAAAAUUUAGAUCUAGAUAAUGCUUACUUGGUUUUGAAUUAAGGUUUAAGUCUUAUAAAGAAUAACUUAGAUCUAGGCUUUGCUUAGUAAUACGAUUUCACAAAAAUCAUUAAUAAACUUGAAAAUUUACAGCAGAACUCAAUUAACUAAGAUAUUCAAUAAUAAAAACGUUAUGAUUUUUCCAAUCUCAUUAAUGAAAAUCUCAUCAAGCUUAAGUACCAGUAUUAUCUAUCUAUUGAUGAUUGGAAAGCUGCAAAGUAAAUCCUAGAUGAAAUUGAUCAAUCUGGAGAUAAUAAAGUCCACCCAGAUUGGAUAAAAUCAUAAAGAGCAUGGCUAUCAUAUUCAUCUCUUGAUGAGUUAGAAAAUGAAGAAGAUAAGCUAUAAAUUAUCAAAGGGCAGAUAGUUCUACUCAAGGAAGCACUCUAAAUUAAUCCAAAGAAUAUAGAAGCAUAAAUAAGAUUGGGGACUAUGUAUUUCAACUACGAGAAAUAGCUAGGAUUAAAUGCAAAAUCUGAUCAGAUUUAGUGGAUUUAGGCGCUUAAACAAGAUCCCUAGAAUGGAGAGAUAUAUCUGUGUCUUGGUAUAUACUUCUAUGCAAAGGAAAAUGACAUGAACAAAGCAAUGAAAAGUUUAAUGAAGGCUAUUGAACUAAGAGCAGAUUUGGAGGAUGCCUAAUUCCUACUAUUCUUAAUUCUAGUUGAACUGGGUAAAACUGAUGAGGCUUUUGCUAAUUUGGCUAAAUUCCAAAAAAUAUCACCUUAUUCUGUAGUACCUUAAUUUUACCUUGGUUUAAAUAGCUAAAAUCAUGGCUAAUACCAGAAAGCAACUGAGUAUUUUUAAAGAGCCAUCAGGAAUCAUCAAUAUCAGUAAAGCAUUGUCAAGAGAGAGAAAAGUAGCUAUCCAACCAUAAAAGAUUGUUCGAUUCUCACUAGAUAUUCUAACCCUCUAUAAAAUUAAUUAAAUAGAGAGAUCAGCUUAGUUAGCAAGAAUGACUUAAUAUUCUGGAUUCAUUUAGCUGAUUGCCACUUGAAGUAAGACAAAGCUGAAACUGGUUAUAAAUGCAUAACUAAGCUACAUAAAGACUUGAAACCCAUUCUUGAAAAUCAUAAGAAGAUUAAUAUUCUAGAAGAUGCUUAAAUUAUCAACAAUGAGCAGAAUCAGAAAUUAAAGGAGAUUUUAAAGCCAAUUGUUGAUUCUUUGAUAUUACCAGAGGCUUUUAAUGCAAAUUACUAAUUAAUAUCAACCAUAUUUAACGAGGAUUUGGUUGAUACAUUCCAGCAUGAUCUAUAAUUUAUUUUGCUAGUUACUUCUUAGGCAUUCUAUAAGUUCGAAAAUUAUCAUAAUGCUUUAAAGAUUGUCUCUCUUGCUCUUGAUAACAUAAAUACAUAUACUUAGGGAACCCAACAGGAGAUUUUAGUAAAUAUACUUGAAAACUUAAAUAAGUUGAUCGACAUUAAAGCUAGAGGUCAAUUAGAUUCACAAGGAAUACUUAAACAAAAAUGCCUCAAGUGCUUAGUAGGAAUUUUUAAAUUAAUCGAUGAGUAUGAUUUAACUAAUGAUAUUAGACUAAUAAAUGUGAAGGUAGAUUCUUUAAAAAUCUUAUCUGAGCUUCUAAAUGAAAAAGAAUAUCUAAUCAAAGCUAUUGAUUUGCUAUAAAAUUCUCUGACUGACAAUAAUUAGAUUAAUCAGAGUAAUGCUUACACAUGGAAUGCAAAGCUUAACCUAGCGAAAUUGUAUCACAGUUUAUUGAUCAAUUUCUCAGAUGACUCAUAAUAUGAAAAUAAGAUUUAACUCAUCAGAGAAUUACUUCGAUCCUAGACAUUAAAUUCUUAAUACUGGACAUACUAUGGCAUAUUUGAUUAAAAUGCUUUAAACAAUCUUUUUGCCUUGCUACUAAGGGGUAAUUAUUACAAAAAGGCAAUUGAGGUAAUGAAUAAGUUAAAAGGUAUUUAGCCUUUAAACCCUGUUCUCAUGGCAAUUUAAAUCAUUUUCAAGGCUAGACUGGUGCUUUCGAAGGAGUCUAUUACCACCAACAAUCAUGAUGCUAGAAUUUAAUAGCUCUAGCAGACUAUUUCUUUAGGUUAGAUGUACAUUGAGAUAGAAAAAGAGAGAUCUGAUAUCGCAGACAAAGAAAGGAAUCCUAAACUAGAUAUAUAUGGCUACUUUUCAGACUAAAUUUAGCAUUUGAUCUUGCUUAUGCAGUAUGAGGUUGAAGAUGCAUAACUCAAUUACUAUGAUUUCAUCGAUGUGCUAGAUAGAUAAAUUCAGCAGACUCAUUAAUAUGAGAGUCUGAUAAAAUGCAUUAAAGCUAAGAGCUAGAUUAUCACACAAGGCAAAAGUACCGUUUAAAAGUUAAAAGAUAUAUGUGAAUAGUGCUUAAGUCAAAACGAUUCAUUAAAUGGUUAACUUGAUAAGAUUAGGUUGAUAUUCAAAGAAUUUGAGAAUGAAGAUACUGAUAAUUUGUUGACUUAGCAUUCAUAAACUGUAUUGAAUUUAUUAUAAUCCCCAUCAAAUUAAGUUGCUACAAGAUUGAUUUUACUUAACUUGAGAAUGAUCAAAAGCUAAAUUAACCCUAAAAUUAAUUUGAUAGAAGAUGAAAAUGAGGAGCAAUUAGAUCAUGCAUUAAGUAAAGUCGAGCAUAAAAUUGCUGCCUAACUACUAAUCUCUGUAUUUUAAUAGGCAUUCAAUAUGAAUCCUUCAAAUAUCAUAGCUCUUCAAGAUAAAUUCUAUCUUUUCGACUGGUAUAAGAUCGAACUUGAAGGUCAUCUAUUGCAGAGACCUGAGUAUGGUAAAAUAUUCAAACUCUACUUAUUCAAUCAAUCUGAAAUGCAUCGAGAUAUAUUUAUCAAGGAGUAUAAAAGACUUUAGCUAGCAUAAUUCACACAGAUAAAAGAUUUAAUAGCUAGAAUCAAAGUAAAGUCUGAGAUUAACAUGAGCAAUUAAGUUGAGAUAAUGAAUAAACCAACAAGCUUAAAAGGUUACAACAAACUGAUUUGGCAUUAGUUUAAGACUGGAGACCUGGAAUUGAUUACUAAGGUUAUAGAGUUGACAAAUAAUAAGAUUAAAGUAGGAAUCAUUAAUGAGAUCAGUGAAAAUGACAAGCUACUAUUCGAUGAUUAUCAAACCUUAGCUUUAGUACUUUAAUAAGGUUCCCUCAGCAUUCCGAAGCAAUUCUAAUCUUUUAAUGAAAACCUAAGGACAAUUAUCAAUUUGUUCUUAUCUAGUAUUGAUCAAGCAAAGCAAAGUUAGGAUGAUAAAUCUGCAGCAAUUAAGAAAUUAAUCAAAGAUAUCAUCAUUGUACUCAUUAAUAGCCCAGAUUAACUCAUUGAAGAGGAGCUUGCUAUUAUUUAUGAGAAUCUUUAAACUCUUUUGCUGAAUAGGGGAUAUCUCUAAACUUUUAAUGACUUUGGAACAGAGUUUUUAAGUAGUCUUAAGGAAUAGCAAAAUGGUAGCAUUCAUCCACUAUUUUAAAAUGAGAUCAACCUCUAAUUUAGUUUGAAUAUGUCAAACAACUAUUUAAAUCUUAAGAAACUCGGACAAGCUAAUGCCAUGAAGAAAUAAGUGAAUGAAUCAUUUUAGAUCAACAAAUCAAUGAAUAAUGAUUCAAAGAACAUGCUCGAGGCCCUGAUGAAACUCAAGGCUAAAUAACCUUUAGAAGCCAUCAAGCAACUAGAUCUAGUGGAAAGCCUUGGUAUCUACUAUGAAAAGGAAUUCUUAACUGCUCAAGCCCUCUAUGACUCUAAGGUAAUAUAUAUAUAUACUGUAAUAUUUAUUUAGCAAUACAAAAAUUACUACUUAUAAUGCAAAACUCUAGUCUCAACAUUGAAGGAAGAGAUAAGUCUGUUAGGCUAAGAUAAUCCCAACUCAGCUGAACUGAUUAUUGACAGCAGGAGAUUUAACUUCUUUUUAGGUUAUGCUUACUACUUGAAAGCCUAAGCUGAAAGCACAUUUAUGCAGGCUAGAUGUUAAGGUAUCAGACUCGAGGAUGAUUUCGAUGAGGAAGAUGAAAAGGUUAUGGAUGUGGAUUAUUUACAUGACAAAGCUAAGAAUAGUUUUGAGAAAUGUAAAUGGAUUUUAUAGGAUUAUGAAGAGAUCAUUGCUUUUGUAGACAAAGAAUUAGAACAAUUUGAAUGA